CUUCCUGUCCUUCUGUUAAUUCCUUCCUACCCAUCUUAUUCUGUUUGCUGGUCCACGUGUGGAUUGCAGCCGAACCGAACAUCUUCAGUACCAGUAUCCAACUGAUAAAAUACCAGUUCCAGGUCCGGGACGAGAUGGCGUCAUCUUUUGAACAAAUGAGAGCUAAUGUUGGGAAACUUUUACGAGGAAUUGAUAGGUAUAACCCAGAAAAUCUGGCCACGCUUGAGCGCUACGUGGAAACGCAGGCAAAGGAAAACGCUUACGAUUUGGAAGCCAACCUCGCCGUUCUUAAGUUGUACCAGUUCAACCCUGCCUACUUCCAGACCACUGUGACAUCUCAGAUUUUACUCAAAGCUCUGACCAACCUGCCUCACACAGACUUUACAUUGUGCAAGUGCAUGAUAGACCAGACACACCAGCAAGAGGAACGCCCGAUAAGACAGAUCCUCUAUCUCGGCAACCUCCUGGAGACGUGCCACUUCCAGGCAUUCUGGUCCAGCCUGGAGGAGAAUAGAGAGCUGAUUGAUGGAAUUACUGGCUUUGAGGAUUCUGUCAGAAAGUUCAUUUGCCAUGUGGUGGGGAUCACAUAUCAGAAUAUUGAACGUCGACUGCUUGCUGAAAUGCUUGGAGACCCCUUAGACACUCAGGUGAAGUUGUGGAUGAGUAAAUAUGGAUGGACCGAGAACGAGGACGGACAGAUUUUCAUCUUCAACCAAGAUGAGAGCAUCAAGCCUAAAAACAUUGUGGAAAAGAUUGAUUUCGAAAGCGUGUCCAGUAUCAUGGCCACCUCCCAGUGACUCCCAGCUACACAGACAUGCAGGUGCAUAAACACAGUGCAGCUUUUCUGAGAAUUUUACCUUCUGAUACAUUUUAUGUGACUGGUAUUUGCAAUAAACAGAAUUAUUAAAACAGCUA